AAUCUUGGUUCUCCUUUAAAUUUUUCUCCGUGGCUGGGUACUACAUCUGCCACUACCAUCAGCAGCAGCGCUGCUUCUUGAUGUUGUGGUCGGGAAUACGCAUGCGCCCGGCAUUGGAAUUACUGCACUGGCAAGAAUAAGUUGGACCUCGUCUGUCUUGACAAAAAGAAAAAAACACAUAACAUAAGUAUGGCAGUGUUCAGAAUAAGAAGAAUGAGGUGUUUUUGCGUCUUGCUGUUCCCUCUCGUAGUGGCCGUGGCGUGCGCCCAAAGUGCCGGUGUCAGUGACCCUAGCAAUAUGUCUUUGGUUAAAGAAACGGUGGAUAGACUGUUGAAAGGUUAUGAUAUACGAUUGAGGCCAGAUUUCGGAGGUCCUCCGGUUGGAGUGGGAAUGAAUAUAGACAUAGCCAGCAUAGACAUGGUAUCAGAAGUCAAUAUGGACUACACUUUGACGAUGUACUUCCAGCAGGCCUGGCGAGACAAGCGGCUGUCCUACUCUGAGAUCCCCCUCAACCUGACCUUAGAUAACCGGGUGGCUGACCAGCUCUGGGUCCCCGACACCUACUUCCUCAAUGACAAGAAAUCGUUUGUCCAUGGCGUCACAGUAAAGAAUAGAAUGAUCCGACUACACCCAGAUGGUACCGUACUGUACGGUCUAAGGAUCACUACCACCGCUGCUUGUAUGAUGGACCUGAGAAGGUAUCCACUGGAUGAGCAAAACUGCACACUCGAAAUAGAGAGUUAUGGUUACACUACAGAUGACAUUGAGUUCUACUGGCGAGGAGGAGACAAUGCUGUGACGGGGGUGGACAAGAUUGAACUGCCUCAGUUCUCCAUUGUCGAUCAUAAGCUCAUCUCCAAGAACGUCGUCUUCUCCACAGGUGCUUACCCUCGUCUGUCCCUGAGUUUUAAGCUGAAGAGAAACAUUGGGUACUUCAUCCUGCAGACAUACAUGCCUUCUAUACUUAUCACCAUCCUCUCCUGGGUCUCCUUCUGGAUCAACUAUGAUGCCUCUGCAGCCAGAGUGGCUCUAGGUAUUACCACCGUGCUCACCAUGACUACUAUUAACACCCACCUGAGAGAAACCCUCCCCAAAAUCCCCUAUGUCAAGGCCAUAGACAUGUACCUCAUGGGCUGCUUUGUCUUUGUCUUCCUGGCUCUGCUGGAGUAUGCACUGGUAAACUACAUUUUCUUUGGACGGGGCCCUCAGCGCCAGAAAAGGGCAGCUGAGAAGACAGCUACAGCUAACAAUGAAAAGAUGAGGAUGGAUCCUAACAAGUGGCUGGUGGGGAAUGUAGUUGGCAGAGAUGAUACCCUGUAUGCAAGAAUGAAACAAAGGGAUCUUGAUGGUCAUGACUCGAUGUGGGAACCAAUCUUUGUGGAUGACGCAGCAAUUGGACUUGGUGAUCAAAAGAAUAAGAUGGACCCACAUGAAAACAUCCUUUUGGGAACCCUGGACAUCAAAAACGACAUGGGGGUUUCAGAGCUGGCUUUGGGUCUCAACGACCCACGAAAUACCAUGCUGACAUAUGACAGCUCAACUCUACAGUACCGCAAAGCAGGGCUGGCCAGGCACAACUUUGGCCGAAACACGCUGGAGUGCCACAUGACUCAAAAGAAGAGCCGACUACGGAGGCGCGCCUCACAGCUAAAGAUCACCAUCCCAGACUUGACUGACGUAAAUUCUAUUGACAAAUGGUCGAGGAUAAUCUUCCCAACUGUCUUUUCCUUCUUCAACAUUGUUUACUGGCUUUACUAUGUCAAUUAAAAGAAAAAAAGACAUCAGUGAGAGCAAGAACAAACAGCAAAAUAUGUUGCUCAUUUCUUGUUUGUAUCUGGUUUGUUUUUUGAUUUUACGUGAUCUUGUAACACUGGGCUGAAUUUCUAUAUUCAGGACUGGAUCCAUCAUAUCUUGGAAACCACAUUUGCUGGCUAACACGUGAAAACCUUAUAGAAGAGAGAUUACAAACAUAUAAGGUGCCUGUUCCUGAGUAAUUGUUUAAAUUUUACAUAUUUUAUGAGUUGUGUAUCUUGCCAUUUUUUUAAAAAUGUUUGUCUGCAUAUUUUUAUGUUUUUAUUAUUUUAGAUUUACAGCAUACAUAAUUCAUUGACAAAAUAUAUCAGUUAGAUAGAAAUUGACAUAUUUAAAAGACCGUUUACUUUCACUGACACUACUUAAAAAGUGCUGAAGCAGUUUUCAGGUCAACAGGGUUUUGUGUCAAAGAAACAAAAUGUAUUGUUACUACAAUUCAUUUCAUACUAAUAAUAAAAGGGCCUAAAGUUCACAAUUUACAAUAUCAUGUUAUGUGAAAUAAAUUUCAGAUCAACCUUUUUUCUACUUUAGUACAUUGGGAGUACUAUAUCAUUUAUUUCUAAGCAUGUUCUCAGUUCAAAAGCCUUUUAAAUAAGGUGGCAAGUGAUAUCAACUAAGAUCAUUCCAAAACUUCCAGGUUUUAACUCAGAUUGCACUCAAGAAGCCUGUUGAUGGUCAAAAAUGGCAUAAUGUAAAGCAGUAUGAAGCUAAUACAGCAUCAUUAUUGUGUUCUGUGUCAAAAAAACAUAAAGAGAGGAAGAGAAAUAUAUAAGAAAGACAAUAUCAAAAUAGUUGUCUUUAGCCAAACUGGUUUUACUAUAAAUAAUGGAUUUUACCACAAAGCAGAUACAUAGCAUUUAGUAUAGAUAUAAUAUGGCCUUCAAAAUUCUAUCCUCACUUUGUUGUUGUGAAACCCUGACAAGAAACUACUUAAAAGGCACUUUAUUAGCUAUGAUAAUUAUUUUGUGGUUCAAGAAGAACACAGAUGGGGAAGCUAAAAGGACUCCAUUGGUCCAUAGAAAGGCAGAGUGCAUUAAAAGCACAAAAGUCAUCAAAUAUCAGCUUUUGACAUCAUUAUUUUCUAAUGCAAAUGAUUUUUCUUUUUUUGCCAAUUAGUUCAUGUAUUGUAUCUGCCUCCCAAGCCAGAAUAUUCAAAUUAUUAUAGAUUUAAGAUCUCUUAGUCAUAUGUUGUUUCCAGAUUGAAAAAUGGGUUUGUAAUCAUAAGACAUAGCCCUAUAUCCAAAAUGAACUUAUAACAGAUAAUUACAGAUUAUUUACUAUUGAUGCUGUGCUUUUGACUAUAUGUCCACAAGACAGAUUUUAUAAGAGAUUUUGCACACAAGUUCUUAAAAGCCAUAGAGGCUGUACCGUAGUUCUUCUAACACCUGGUGCUUAUGGGGGCUGUCUUAAGAGGAACUAAUAUGACUAUGAUCACACUUUAUGUUUCAAUUACAACAAGGUUAAAAUGUAAAAAUACAACUGCUGUAAUACACAAGAGUGUCAUAUCCCCCUUUCCAUAGAUUUGCCACACUGUCCGUAUGAAUGGAUUCUGUGUAUGCUGAAAAGAGGUCAUAACACCAAAGUACCAACUCAUUUAUAAAUGAAUGCAAAUCUCUUGGAAUUCAAGUCUGAGGAGCCAACAUAAUAAGUUUGUUGGAGUAGCUGUGAAUGACAAAGUCUCAUAUGUGAAAUUCUACCGACAUGAAAAUUGUUGAAGACAUAGAAAGGAAGAUGAGGUAACUCCAGAUACCUUUCAAAAAUCCCAGUGAAAUGAGAACUGGAGCCUUUCUCUCAUAUGCUUCAUUUGAGUUCACCAAAACCAAUGAUUGGAUUUCAUUUCUCCUGGUAUACCAUUCAUUUUGAUUGUGGAGGUGAAUACAUUUAUAUUCUAAUUGUUUAAUUAAAAUGUAGCCACAUAUGGUUAUGUCUCACUGCAUGCUCUGUACAGUAGUAACUCCUCGAUAUUCUGUUCUGGAUCACCUUCUCCUUGCUCACUGAAUUGCUUCAUUUCAUUUGUGCUUUUUGUGUUGAAUUCACCUCACAAAUGAGCAUACAUAAGUCUGUAAUUACAAUUUAUAAAACAUAUGUCUGAUUGGUAUUGCAAAUAUAGUAUUGAUCAUGAUAUUAAAAUGUUUAAUGACUGUUUUAAGAAUGACAAAACAAUGCUUUUUAACAAACACUUUGAUCCAAGUAUUGAA